CCCACAAUCCCACAGCGGAAGAAACCUGUCAUGCUUGUGGUGGGUUUUGUUAUUGUUUCUAGGGGUCGUGGGGCAACGGAGCAGCAGGACGUGGCUGUCAGUUCUUUGUAGUUCGUGCUUGUAAUUGUGUAGCAGACAAAGACGCCCAGACUGACAAGAGAAGGCGGGUUUUAAGGUUCAAAGAAGUGCCUUUGUGUUUUGUUGUCAUGGAAACAGCCAGAAAGGUGGAGUUUAGAAAUGUGGGAUGCAGUUACUUCCCUCAAACCAGAGUGGAUUGUCACUACACACUAAGCGCACUACACAACUGGGCCAGUAGUGACUGGAUAGGACUCUUUAAGGCGGGAUGCUCAUCGGUGAAGGACUACCACACAUUUGUUUGGGCUCUAGUCCCAGCUGACUAUGAAGAGGGCACAAAGGUCAACUGCUGUGUUCAAUUCCAUGCAUCAUACCUUCCUAAGCCCUGUGCCCAAAAGUAUGAAUUUGUAUACAUCGACGCCAAAGGGGAAGUUUGCUCUCGCAGCUCUGAGUUCACAUUCUGUGCACCAAAGCCCUUGGAGGAUCUGGUGACCCUUGAGGAGGAGCCACACGGGGAGGAUGAAGGCACAGAUAUGCUGCUGGUUAUACCCAGGGCUGAACUGUUGCAGAACCGAUUGCAGGGAUGUCUGCGGGAGCGAACUGAGCUGCUGCAGAUCCAGGAGGCGGCAUGCAGGCAAAGGGACGAAGUGAGGGCCGACUUCCACAGAGCGCGGGAGGCCUGGCAGCGACUGCGCAAAGAGCUGAAGAAUGACAUCAGCAGGCAUCAGGAAGAGCUGAAGAGAAGCCAGGACAACAUUGAGGAGAUGGAGAGGAAGCAGAAGGAGGAAAUGGCUUUGGUAGAAUGGCUGACACAAGAGAAUAGUGCUUUAUUGGAAGUGAAAGAGGCCAACCAAGUGCGAAUUAGAGAGCUGGAGGAGGACAUCAAAACUCUGACACAGAGAGCCGUGGAGCGAGAGAUAGAGCUGGAAAGGAUGAAGGAAAGAGCAAAAAAAGCUGCAGCUUUGCAGAAAGAAGAAGAGAGUGACAAAAAGACACUGCAGACCUGUCUGGAACAGAACGAGGGAGACCUCAGAAGUUUGUCCAAGGAGUUCCAGAUCCUGAGGAACUCGCUGGCCCAGAGAGACACCUGUGUGCUGCAGCUCCAAAACACUAUCAGCACCCUAACGCAGAAACUCACCACAGCCCACAGGAAAGAGGCGUUAAACGAAGCAAUGCAGAGGGAGAUGAGGAGCCUGCAGGAGCGCCUGGAUGUGAGUGAGCGUACCGUGGACGGCCUGAAGAAUGAUUUAAGCACCACGGUCGCCCAAAGAGAUCGUGGGCAGGCGGAACUACAUCAAGCCCGACUUCAGGCCGCCCAGCUUACCUUGCAACUCGCAGAUUCCAGUUUGGCGCUAAGAGAGGGGAGAGCGCAGUGGGCUCAGGAGCGGCAAAGCCUGCAGGGCACCACAAAGAAAAACCACGAGAAUAUGGAAAAACUCAGUGCAGAGAUGCAGAUAAUGGAGGAGAGGCUGCAGGAGGAGAAGAUGGAUCGAGUGAAGUUGGAAGUAGAGCUUGGAAGAGAAAAGGAUUGUAACCGAGAGUUGAUGGACUACAUCUGUCAGUUGGAGCAGAAAAUGGUAACAGCAGCCAGUGCCAAGUGGAGCGCUUCCUCCGCCGUUCCCACAGCAUGUAGUGACGGCGCCUAUUCAGACAUGUCAGACGUGUCCAAGGAUGACGACCCAGAGGCCUUGCAGUCCCACCGACCGACGAGACCUCUGGGAAACCACAGUCUGUGCGAGCAAGGACCGCCAAGCCCCCUGCCCCUGGAGAUGGAAAGGAGCACGGUGGUUAUCAGCCAGCCGGCCCCUCUCGCCUUGCCACGGCAGCCUGGAGCCGACACACUGGCACACAGCUCUGAUUCAGAGGAAGAACCUGACUUACUUCAGGGUGGUAGAAGGCACGGCUCUGAAGAGGAAAUCGCACUUUUGCUUCCUGAUCAUGCAGACACAGUGCUAAGUGAUCUGGCUGACACGUCGCUAUGGUAACCAGCAGAGUGGACGACUCACACGUGAGAUGAUGGGAUCCUUUUGGUUAGUGUGCUUCCACUACAUGUUGAUAUGCAACCUCCAUUGUUUUCUUUUCCCUCCUGGAGUGUCGCUCUGUUCAAAAAGUCAACUCCAUGUUUAUGAUGGACAUAAGAUGCCGGUCCACUCGGACAGAGCGAGCGUUUAGGCUUUGGUUCGCAAGCUAUGGCCGAAUGAUUCGUGUUGAAUCAUUGCUACCUCGAGAGCUUUAUGGCGAAUGUUAUGUCGUUUUUAUGACAUUUGUGAUUAGGAGUCAUGACAGGCACCGUAAUUAUGAUGUUUUGUGUGGGGCCGGGCCCCACUGAAAAUCAUGGCGAAGCUUCAUCGCAAGCAUUAAAUUCUCCCCAUCGCAGCUUUGAAUGCGAUUCACGACAACAUAAAGCAUUGAUACAGCAUCGUACGAGAAUUACUAUUUCGCAGCUAGGCACUGCUGUGACGUUAUUUUGCACCUCCAUUUACCCCCGUACUAAGAUUUCAAAUGCAGUUUCUUACACUUGAUGAGCAUGCAGUAAAAACGUAUAGAUGUUUUUUUUUGCAAUAGAACGCUUGUUGAGCAGAUUGAAUCUGACAGAAACUUUAUGUAUUCAUAUUAUUAUUCCUAACUUAGUUUUUUAGACCAGCUGGAUUUUGAAUUGGAACAUUUUUUGGGGAGAUGUUAAUACAUUUCUCCCCGAAUCUAUAUUCACAUUCACGCCGCUCAAAAUGUGGGCCUGAAUAAUUAAAGAGUCGUCUUAUGAAAGAAAAUCCUCUUUAUAGAUGCUGACAUUCAUGGCAUGAUGUCAGUGUGCUGUUCCCUGAGGCUUGAGGCAAGAUUCUGCCUAAAAAAGAUCUGUAUCUUUUCAUGAAUACUGAAUGGAUUUUUGUAGAUUUUCUAUUUCUAAUUAACUCCAGUUUGGGCAGCAUUUCAGCUAAAUUCAGAUCAACUUAAAUAACGCUGACAUGAUUAGCUGAGAAACCUUACUGCAUAGGAGUAUGUUUGCUAAAUUUUCACUCUAUUUUUUACAAGAGAAGAGUUUAUAUGGUGUAAAACAUGGAUUGUUUAGAAUUCAGUCAAUUUUGUGGAAUUGAUUGUUGAUUAUGUUGAUAAUGGAGAUAAAAUGGAGUGUACUACUUAGCUGUGACCAGCGGAGGCACUGGUGAUUAGUCCCAAUCAGAGCCAUCCUUAUAUAUUUUAGAGAAUGAUGGCCAAACUGGUUUCAGGCCAUUUUUUAAAUGUUUGGUCAAAAGCGACAUGGCGCCAUGUUGAGUACCCACUUUGAGCUAGCGCUAUGCAUGUGCUCCACUUCCUCAUCGGACAUCUAUUUAAAGUGACGAGUGUUUUGAGAUGUAAACAUACCCUCUUGUGCAGUAUGGGGCUUCUCCAACUGUUUCAAGCCUUCAUAGAAAGAUUCAUAUGUAAACAAAUUCAAAUAUUAACAGAAAUGUAUUUAAUUCCAAAAAUCUUGUUCAUCUAUAUACAUUUUUCAGAAAAAGAUUGUGUGAAGUGAAGUGAAUUAUAUUUAUAUAGUGCUUUUCUCUAGUGACUCAAAGCGCUUUACAUAGUGAAACCCAAUAUCAAAGUUACAUUUUUAAACCAGUGUGGGUGGCACUGGGAGCAGGUAGGUAAAGUGUCUUGCCCAAGGACACAACGGCAGUGACUAGGAUGGCAGAAGCGGGAAUCAAACCUGCAACCCUCAAGUUGCUGACACGGCCGCUCUACCAACCGAGCUAUACCGGCCAAGUUGUUUAUAACAAUCUGUCAGCCCUAAAAGUCUUACCAGCAUUUCAAACUGAUCACUACACUUUCAGAUAUGUAUAGUUAUGUUACAACUCUUAUAAAGCCCUUCGUAUCAAAAUUGCGUAGUAUAUAUAUAUAUAU